GAUCUCAAUUUGGAACCUCAUUUUAGGCCAAAGGUCAGUGGGUGAUUAAAAAAGGUUAAACAAGCAAGAUCGCGAACACUGACCCAAACCUUUGGAGGUCAAAGGUCAGACAGACAAGCUGGAUUAUCGAUACGGACUGGCAGCUGUUUCCUGAGGGACCUGCGGUGACAGAGAACAGACGACAGAGAUUCAGAUCAAGAGGACAGACAGACCGAGACGCCAUCAUGGGCUGCAACAUGUGCGUGGUCAAACGUCCAGAGGAGCAGUACAGGAUCAUGUUCCAGCAGAAAGGCUGGAGUAACUCCCUGCGGCCGAUGGACAGACACGGAAACGUAAAGCUCAGAGGAAGAAGACCCUCUCAGCUGCUGCUAGACCGAUCACAAAACUCCCAGGAGCCUUUGAGCCAGUCUGGGCUGGGUUGCAAAAGUCACAGGAGGAAAGGUACGUUGGUGUGCGGUAACGGGACGGUCAGCUCCUCCGUCUCUUCUGUUGCCAUGGUGGCGAUCCCUGACUGUGUGGACAAUGCAACGCAGACUGACAUCAGUUUCCAGAACACUCUGACCCUGGGGAGAAGCAGAGGUCACCAUCACCACCAUGGUGAGGGAGGCUCCUCCUCUCCCCCACCACCUCCUCCAUCACCUCCCCUCCCUCACCUGGCAGUGCCGUACGAGAUCAAUGAGUUCUGUGUGUUUGAAUACAACGACCCCAAUGACUACUUUGAUGUAUCCAACCACGAGGUGGACAGGCAGGAUGACCUGGAAUAUGAGGAGGUGGAGCUGUACAAGUCCAGCCAGCAGGAGAAGCUGGGUCUGACGGUCUGCUACAGGACGGAUGAUGAGGAGGAUCUUGGCAUUUAUGUUGGGGAGGUUAAUCCGAACAGCAUCGCAGCCAAGAACGGACGCAUCAGAGAGGGCGAUCGAAUACUGCAGAUUAACGGCGUGGAUAUUCAGAACAGGGAGGAAGCCGUGGCCAUUUUGACCCGAGAGGACAGCAUCAACUUCUCCCUGCUGCUGGCCAGGCCCGACAUAGAGAAUGAAAACCCCAUCGAUCCAGAGGAGGACAUGGAACUGACUCUAGAGGGAGCAGACUUUCCUUCAAACCCACACACUUCAUGCUCUCUCAGCUCCUCUCAUAAUACUGGCUACUACCGCCUCCACCAAGGAGGAGAAGGCAGGUCAUCCUUUCCUUUAGGAGGAGCAGGGGGAGGCAGAGAAGGUGAGGGGGAAGAUGAAGAGGAUGAAGAAGGAGAGGAUGGCGAGCAAGGAGAGAAGGACGACAAAGAGCCACCGGUCCCCCUCCCUCCUCUGCUGAACUUGGCACCUCUGCUGUCCAACAGCCAGGAGCUGGACAGCGGGGUGGGUCGGACAGAUGACAGCACCCGCUAUGAGGAUACAUCUGAACAUGACCUGCUGGGUGAUCAGACCAGUGCCUGUAACACCAACACCACCAACACACCAGGCAGCACCAGGAAGUUCAGAUCUGGACCCAGCCCCAGGCCAAGUCCUAGACCUAGUCCUGGCCUCGGCCCCAGCCCUAGGCCUAGCCCCAGCCCUGGGCAUGGUCGAGGAGACACCACCCCUCCUUUUCUCCACCUGCGCGAUCUCCAGCUCAGCUCUGACUCUCUCCCAGGUCUGGACUGGGGAGCUGGAGGAGGAACAGCAGGAGCAGCAUACAGUCCUCACCACCAUCACCACCAUAAGCAUUACCACCACCAUCACCAGCCUCUGACAGUGACCAUGAUGAUGCCGGGCCUGACGGAGGAAGAGUGCCAGCGUUACCAAGAGCUGUUAGAGAUCAAAUAUCAGUACGAGAGACAUUUGGAAAGACGCCGGAGAGAGCUGGAAAAGGAAACCGCUGAAGCAGAAGUUAAAGGUCCAGAGGAAGGGGACAAGGCAGCAGAGGAAGCUGAAGGCACAGCUUCUGAAUCGGUAGUGGACGUGAAGAGCAAAGAGAUGCUAAGUGAGCACGAGUUGGCGUUGAUCGAGGAGGAGCUGCGCCACCUGGAGUUUAAGUGCCGCAACAUUCUCCGAGCGCAAAAGAUGCAGCAGCUCAGGGAGAGAUGUCUGAAAGCCUGGAUGAUGGAGGAGGAGACGGUGGCAGGUGGAGCGGGCCGACCAGGACCCUCUGAAGGAGAUUUGGAUAACGAGGACAAUGACGAUCCUCAUCACCACGAGUUGUCAGCCAUCAACGAACUUCCGGAGCGCGAGCGAUCGGAUGACAAAGACAGCACCAGUGCCUACAACACCGGAGGGGAAAGCUGCCGGAGCACGCCAUUGGUCAGCACCGAGCAGAUCCCGCCUCUUCAGGAGGAUGAAGAUGAAGGAGGCAGACGCCUGACCUCUCCACCUCCGCUCCUCCCCCUCAGUCGCCUCCCCCCUCUAAACUCCCCCCUCACGCCUCGACGUCACAGGAGGGACCGAGACAGAGAGCGGCGUCACUCAAACCUCAGCGGCUCCUUCUCCCCGAGCACCUACAGGAAGUACGAAACCUCCAAUGGAAACUUUGCAAAUGGCUCAAGCUCCACCCCCUCUACGCCUUCAAAGUUCAGAUCUCUGACCAGAGAAACGGGGUCAGCUUCUAGAAGGGGUAUGGCUGAUGGAGGGCGGAGCUCCAGAGGAGGUAUAAUCUUUCUCUGUGGAGCCACCUACAGGCCUGAAGGUGGAAGUGCAGAGUCGAGCCCCUAUUUCACCCGGAGGCAGCACAGACACAGCAAACCAUUAGAACGCUAUCAGAGCUGCAUGACCCUGCCCUCCGAAGGUCUGGUGGACCCCCUGGACCGAGUGAGAGACAGAGCCAGGGCAGAGGGGGAGGAAAGGGGGGUAGCCACAGGCAGCAGUGGGCCAGCAAGCCCCAGGAGUGUGAACAGCGCCCCCUGUGGUCUGGAGGACCACCGUGCAGGUGCCUCACGGUUAGGACUGGCCUUACCUCUUGGACUGACUCACUCAUCACCAAACGCGUCUCCACAGCGCAUGGAGUGGAAGGUAAAGAUUCGCAGCGAUGGGACUCGUUAUGUGGCCAAGCGGCCGGUCAGAGAUCGUCUGCUGAAGGCCAGAGCCAUGAAGAUCCGCGAGGAACGCAGCGGCAUGACGACAGAUGAUGACGCUGCCAGUGAAAUGAAACAGGGUCGAUACUGGAGCAAAGAGGAGAGGAAGCAGCAGCUGCUGAGAGCUCGAGAGUACAGAAGAAGAAGAGAGUUCAUGAUGCAGAGCCGCCUGGACUACAUGAGAGGAGACAGGGAUCUUUUGUCAUCAACAGGGGGCGCUGAAGAGCCCCAUUUAUCCCAGAGCCUCCAGUUUAAUGUGCAGCAUAACUCCCCCAGCAGCAACAUCCUGCAGCUGAGCCAGAAGAAAAUCACAAAGAGGAGGAAUCGUCGCAUUCUCGACAACUGGAUCACCAUCCAGGAGCUGCUGGCUCACGGCUCGAGGUCACCAGAUGGAAAGAAAAUUUACAACCCUCUGCUGUCUGUCACUACUGUGUGACCUCAACGAGGAGAGGAGGAAAGAGUGAGAUCAAGGAGACGAUGGAAACACACAGUGUGGACCUGGAAGUGAAGCUCAACGCUCUUUUAUUGUGGAGUUAAAAACAUGAACACACCAGAAAGAGAGAAACUUAAAGAAUUAUAAAAAAAGGUCGAUAAGAAGAGGAGAGACUUAAAACAGAAACAUUUGGCCUCAGAGGAGGAAUCGGAGAUGAGUGAAUACAGAGAAUGAAGCUAAAACUUUAGAGUUUAUACUAAACUGUUUGGAUGGAAAACAAUCCUCUUUACUUUAUGACGUCACUUCAAACUCAUUAGAGAUACACAUAAGGACGCACGAGCCUCGAAAGGAAACAGAAACGUCCUGUUCUGGCUUCGGCUCUUAAUCUCCUGCACCGGCCUGGCUGUGACAGUCUGAAAAAAAGCACAGGUUUGAUCUCCUGGUCCUUCAAUCAGGUGCAAAGUCACAUCGCUGUUAAUUACAAAUUUUCCUGUGAAUAGCAAAUUUGUGCUCAUGCUAAGAUUUUUCCAUCAAGAAAAAAUGACUAGAAGUGUAAUUUUAAGAGAAAAAAAGGCCAGAAGAAUGGACGUUUAUGGAGGAUCAAAACUGAAAACAUCACAAAUAAAGGAAGGAAAACAUGAACGUUUUCUUUCACAUUCAUUAUUUUUUGAUAUAUUUCUUUCUGUCCGUGUUGCUGCUGAACAUGAAGCAGAUUCAAGGUUCGACCCCCCCCGUCAGCUGCGUGGGGUCCUCAUGUUUGCUGUGUCUGUGGCUUCUCUCGGUACUCCAGCUUCCCCUCCACACUGGUCGCAGGUGUGAGAGCUCUCUGUGAUAAACUGGCAGCCAGUUCAGGGUGGACUCUGCUUCUGACCCCGUGGACCCUCGAAUAGGAACAACAUUCCUGCCACCAUCAGUUGGAUAAGCAAUAUUUAUCCCUAUAUGAUAUGUGAUAUCCCUACUUAUCUAUCCAAACGUAUUGUUGUUCAUUCAAAACAAAUCAGUUUGGGAAGAAAUAGGAGUGAAAAUUCCAAAACUUUAUACAUAAAAAAUAAAUAAAGUAAUUCAUUUAAAAACAAACUAAAUGAAUGAAAUGAUUACAAAAUGAUAAAAAACAAACACUAAAAACUGUAAAAAUUCAUGUAUUUGAAAAGUUUUGGUCCUUCAUGAACUCCUCGGCGCCACGUGUGAAGCAGCGACAACACCGCCAGGAAGGAAGUGACAUCACUGUUUAAGGACAAUACAUAUUUACUCAAACAUUUACUGAUACUGAGUAAAAUAUGAUUACACUGUGGAAGAUGAGCAUUGAGCUGCUGUGUGAUCUGUGCUGUCACGGUUACGUUACACAACACCUGUCUUCUAAUCAUCAUUUGUAAAUCGCUUUCUCAGAAAACCUUUUAAAGUUAUAACUUUUGUAAACAGUUUAUUCAUGUUGAUGGUUGGUAUAUGUUAAAUGUUAAGUCUAAUAUUGUUGUUAAAAUUUUAUAAAUUUUAUAGAUUGUGUUGUUUAUCGUGCAGGAGCGAGCUGCAGGUCGGUCGUUGUGCUGGACCUGCAGACUGCGCAGGUGUUCAAAGGAGAAUGCAUGACAAUGAUGUACUGGACUAUUAUUGGAUAUCAUUCUUACAGUGCUGUAGAGUACAUUUUUAGCAGUGAAAGGUGUGAAAGUGUUAAAAUAAAAUAAAAAGGCAGAUGAAAGUCAAAUUAAAGUCAGA